GUUCGAUAGAAGGGAAGCGUUUCGAUUAAAUCAAACUACUCCAAAUGUCGGAAAAGAGCCAUUGCUUUGGCUUCACUUAAUGUCUAAUAUCAAGUUGUUUUAAUUUACAUGCAAAAUUAUAUUUAAUUCUAGUACGUGAUAUCAAAGAAGACAUGGAGAUUUGCAAAUAUAGUUCUGGCGAAUGCUUGUUAAUAACGGAUGGCCAACUUGUUCCCAUCAACACAACCCUUAUGCGGGAAUCCGAAUGCAACAAGAUCAAAUGGAUUUUUAGUGAUGAUAUUUUUCCUGUAACGAUAACAUACAAACGGAAGCCCUCGGAUCCACCGAGUUUCAGAAUGGAUAUCUUAUAUCUCUCCCAAGAACACGGGGACACAAAAGAAAUUGACACGACCACUUCACCGGAAACAGUGGAAAUCAAUACUCUGUCGAACACCAUGCAUUGGACCAUAGUAUCCAACGACACGGAACUUGUUUCACUUCCUGAACAAAAACCGCAAAGUAGUUAUAUCUACCUCACUGUCAGCAUUAUACUCGGAAUCCUCCUAGGAAUUGUGUUGGUUGCUCUGUUGGCUCUCACCAUGAGGAAUGGGAGUCUGAAACGAAAGCUCGAAGCAGAAAAUCUGAACUCUCAGAACCCAACAGCAAUCUCGGUAAUUGCAGGUGGAAGUGGCGAACAGAAUCCGUACGACUUUGCCAACGAAGAAGUCGCAGGAACAAGCAACAAUGCUUUCGCAAACGUAGCGGAUGCGGUUUACAGCGUUGUAAACAAACAAUAAAAAAAGAGCGCGAUGCCGCAGUGAUGAUGCAGUUCAUUGACCAAUUAUUAUAAGACAAAAUUAAUUUUCUCAAGUCGAAUGCUAGAAUUUACUCAGUAAUGAUUUUCAAUGUAGGCGGAAAUUAUUUUGUUGAAUGUUUUUUCAUUGUUUUAAAUUGCUUGUCUGGGGAAAUCUGAUUUUGGCUAGACGAAACGUUACAGAAAUACAUUUGUGUUAGUGUUAGUCCAGCAGGACUCCUGAAAUGCAUAGUAUAAUAUAUUUAUUCCUGCUACAGCAUCCUUGCAUUAUACGCAUACAGAUACACUAGCUCAAAGACUUUGGGGAAAAAUUAGAAAGUUAAUCUUGCAUAACCUCUAAUGACAAAUUUAUAUAAAUCGGAAUUACGGGAAUAUGGGAAGUCAAUGACAUAACUACUUUUCUCAGCUGAGAGAUAACAUAUUUCCUAAUAAUUUUGAGUUUAUUUCACUUUACUUCGCUAUACUUUUAUUUUUACAUGUUUGCGUGCUUCAACAUUUUUUUGCUUGGUGUAAUAUAGAGGGUACUCCCGAAGUACGUGGACCAAGAAAGAUGGUGGACACUGGAACAUAGUAUGUGUACCAGUUUGGAUUAGGCCAUAAUUUUAUUCCAGUUUCCCUUAUUUUAGUUAUAUUAGCUGAAUGGGCUAGCAGCCAGUUGUCUUUCUGAAAGUCAAAACAAAGUUUCAAUGGAAAUCCAAUGAAGCGUGAUGUCGUAAAUAAAUACGAGUUUUUCA